AUGUACGACAAACGCGCCAAGAUCGCCAUCGUGGGCUCCGGCGUGUUCGGGCUCUCGGCGGCCUACCACCUGGUGCAGAACGGGUACACGAAUAUCCAUAUUUUCGACCGCACCAACUACGACGAGACCAAGUACCACCCGUUGCGCGGGUCCGAUAGCGCCAGCGGCGACAUUAACAAGUUUUUCCGCGUCUACUACGAGACCAAGACGCUGUACUCGAAGCUUGCCGUCGAGGCGCUGGAUGUCUGGGAGAAAUGGAACGAGGACGUCCAGCAGCUGCCAGACGCGGACAAGGCGCGGUUUGUGGACGACGACCUGGAACUGGUCCGGCUGGCGGGCGGUCUGCGGAUCUCGGACACGUCUGAGAUGGCGCCAGUCGAAAGGGAGAACCUCGAGGGCUUUAGAAGACUGGGGCUGCGCUCGACGCAGUUCGACAUAAAUUCCGACGAGGACCUGCUCCGUGCGAAAUUGCUGGGGCUCCGCAGAAAACUCGCCGUGGUGCGCGACCUGCAGCAGCGGCGCAAGAUCAGCACGGUCUCCGGCACGCUGGACGGCAUCGGGCGCAUGCUCAAGGCCGACAAGGCGUGUUUCUACGUGAAAAUCCUGCUGGAGCACGCGGGUGUGAAUUUUUACUACGGCGAGCGCGGAACAUACAGCGACAAAAUAUCUGCUGGGGAUGCUGUUGGCGGGAUUAUCACCGCAGACGGCCAGCGCCACGCGGCAGACCUCGUGGUUGUCAGCUCUGGCCCGUGGACCGAGUCGCUCGUGCCCCAGCUGCAGUACCGCAUCCACGCGUCGCUCGCCAAUGUUGUGUAUCUGGAAAUUCCGAAAACCCGCCAGGACCUGAUCGACAAGUACGCGGAGUACCCCCAUUUGCAGUGGAAGACGACCAGCAGCGAGCACGACCGCAACAAGGACCACGACGUGGGCGAGGGCGGGUUUGCUUUUUUUCCGCCAACCAAAAAGGAAGGUAUUCUGAAGAUCAACACCAGACAGAGAAAGUACCUGAAUCCAGAGCGCGUUGGCGACCGCUAUGUCUCUGUGCCAAGGACGCUCGGCGACGAGAGACUGCCGAAAAGCGUUGUCCAGGAAGCCAAGGAAAUUUUCAUGGCCAUAGCUCCCGACGUGGUGCAGCUACCAGGGGUAAAAUUAAAGACGAAAUUGCUGUGGUACACGGACGCCAUCAACAGCGACUUUGUGAUUGAUUUUGUGCCGGGCUACAAGAACCUGAUUGUUGCGACGGGCGGCUCGUCGCACGCGUUCAAGUUUUUGCCUGUCUUGGGCAAAACCGUGGUGGAUAGGGUGCUGGGCCGCGAAAAUGAGUACACGGAGCUGUUCAGAUGGAAAAACCCGCGGGACAUCAAAGUGGACAAUUACCUGUUGAAGGAGGAGCAUAUCGAGCAGGACGAGAAAAGAAGCCUCGCCACGGCCGUUCUGUGCACAGAAGCCGAUCUUGAGUUUUCGGUCGCGGACCUUGAGCGUCUGGACCAGGUGACUAUUUAG